AUGGAAGAAGACGGAGACGAGCUGCCUUCAGUGCAGAAGGCCGCUGUCAUUCAAAACCCCGGGCCAAAUGCCAGCAUCGUCGUCCAGCACAACGUGCCAGUCGGGACUCCCGGACCUCAUGAAGUCCUCGUCCGCAUCAGUGCCACUGGUGUUUGCGGAUCGGAGACUCGAGCGUUCCGGGGCUGGGGCGUUUACGACCCCAUCGUCGGCCACGAGGGCAUUGGCAGAAUCGUCAAGUUGGGCCCCGGUGUUCCUGAAGAGCUUCUUGGUCAAAAGGUCGGGGUGAAGUGGCUCUACAGUGCUUGUGGAACCUGCUCGGUCUGCAUCCGCGGACAUCAGAAUAAUUGCCCGAAGCAGCUCAACACCGGAAAACAUCGCCCCGGAACGCUUCAGCAAUAUGUCGUGGCUGAUUCAAGAUAUGUCACGAGGAUCCCGGACGGUUUGCCCGAUGCUGAAGUCGCACCCUUGUUAUGUGCCGGUUUGACCAUGAUGGGCGCGGUAUCGAAAUUAGAAGGCGACCUUUCCCCUGGCGAUUGGGUCGUCAUCCAAGGAGCGGCGGGCGGUCUGGGGCAUUUGGGCGUGCAGAUAGCCUCGCGACUAAGGGGCUACCGAGUGAUCGCGGUCGACUCUAGUGGCCACGAUCAGUUCUGUCGAGACAACGGAGCCGAAAGUUUCAUCGACUAUACGAAGGAGGAUGUAGAGAAGAAGGUCAUGGAGCUGACGGGAGAGGGGGCCCAUGCUGUCCUCGUCGUGCCCGAGUCUGAAGACGCUUACAUCACCGCGCCCAAGUUAGUCAGAUCCAUGGGAACGAUUGUGUGCGUCGGUUUGCCUCGGAACGAUUUUGAUCUUCCGAUACCAGUAACUUUAUGCGCUCUCAAAGGCGAGUUUUUCUUACGCUCCUCUCUGAAUGUCAAAGGCGCCAUGGUCGGUACCGAGGAUGAAAUGUCCGAGCUGUUACGCGAGGCUGUCAAAGGUCGCAUUCGGGCAUCCGUUGAAUACUUCCAUCUUCAGCAGACGGAGGAGAUCGUAGGUCAAUUGAUGAAUGGGGAUAUGUUUGGGAGGGCUGUCAUCACUAGCAUUUGA